GCGCGCCGCGCCGGGCGGUCCAGGCAGAGCCCGCCCACCGCGAGAGCCCAUUGGCUACUGGGCGGGGCCGGCGCCGCCGCGCCGCGGUGGAAGCACGUGCUCGGGGCCGGCCGCGAGCGCAACUAUGGCGUCGUCGCUGUGGGGAGGCGACGCAGGGGCGGCGAGGAGCGAGCGGCUGAGCAGCCACUUUUCAAACCCCAUCCACCCCCGGAAGAACCUUUGGGGUAUUAAGAGUACUGCAGUCCCAAACGUAGAUGGUUCUAUUAAUAACACUGAAAAAGAGGAUGAAGAAGAUGUAGUGGAUUUGGCAGCUAAUUCACUUUUAAACAAGUUAAUCCGUCAGUCCUUGGUAGAAUCCAGUCACCGAGUGGAAGUUUUACAGAAGGAUCCCAGCUCCCCACUUUACUCAGUGAAAACAUUUGAAGAGCUGCGGCUAAAGGAAGAGUUACUAAAAGGAAUCUAUGCAAUGGGAUUUAAUAGGCCAUCCAAAAUCCAAGAGAUGGCUCUCCCUAUGAUGCUGGCACAUCCACCCCAGAACCUCAUAGCACAGAGCCAGUCUGGAACAGGAAAAACAGCUGCCUUUGUCUUGGCAAUGUUAAGCAGAGUUAAUGUCUUGGAAUUGUUCCCACAGUGCCUCUGCCUGGCUCCUACGUAUGAACUGGCUCUGCAAACUGGCCGUGUGGUUGAGCGGAUGGGAAAAUUCUGUGUGGACGUCCAAGUGAUGUAUGCCAUUCGAGGGAAUCGAAUUCCUAGAGGCACUGACGUCGCCAAACAGAUCAUAAUUGGCACACCUGGAACUGUCCUAGAUUGGUGUUUCAAGCGAAAAUUGAUUGAUCUGACUAAGAUUCAUGUGUUUGUCCUGGAUGAAGCAGAUGUGAUGAUUGACACCCAGGGAUUCUCAGAUCAGAGCAUUCGCAUUCAAAGAGCUCUGCCCUCUGAAUGCCAGAUGCUCCUCUUUUCAGCAACCUUUGAGGACUCCGUGUGGCAGUUUGCCGAGCGAAUCAUUCCCGACCCUAACGUCAUCAAGUUACGCAAGGAGGAGCUGACCCUGAACAACAUCCGACAGUAUUACGUGUUGUGCGAGAACAGGAAAGACAAAUACCAAGCUCUGUGCAACAUUUACGGGGGCAUCACCAUCGGUCAGGCCAUCAUCUUCUGCCAGACUCGUCGAAACGCCAAGUGGUUGACCGUGGAGAUGAUGCAAGAUGGCCACCAGGUGUCUUUAUUAAGCGGGGAGCUGACCGUGGAGCAGCGAGCUUCCAUCAUUCAGAGGUUUCGGGAUGGAAAAGAGAAGGUUCUUAUCACGACCAACGUUUGUGCUCGAGGGAUUGAUGUGAAGCAGGUGACAAUUGUUGUGAACUUCGACCUCCCUGUAAACCAAGCACAGGAGCCAGACUAUGAGACCUACCUCCACCGCAUAGGGAGGACGGGACGCUUCGGGAAAAAGGGCCUCGCCUUCAACAUGAUCGAAGUGGACAAGCUGCCCCUGCUCCUGAAGAUCCAGGACCACUUCAACAGCAGUAUUAAGCAGCUUGACCCUGAAGACAUGGAUGAAAUUGAAAAGAUUGAAUAUUGAAGAAAGGACUUUAUCGUUUGUGAAAUAUCCUAGUUUAUGUGAGAAUGUUCCAAUGGGUUUUGAAGGUAAUUUUUUAUGUUGAGGCUUUUUCGACGUGAAACUGUCAGACAGAUGGCAAAAUAAAUGUCAUGGUGCCCUUAGUUUUAAGAACUGAGGUCUUUUUGAAACCAAAUUGAUGUGAAACAUGUGAUCCUUUUGAAUAAAAAAAGCAAGAUUAUUUUUU